AGGUAGGCAGCGAAAGCUUACUCCUGUUAUGGUUCAUGAAAGAGGCUGAAGCUUUUAAAAUCAAUUUUAAACCAUCUCUUCAUGACCUGUUACCAUUUCAGGUGUUGGAAGGAGCUGUAUGAGGGUGACCUACCCAGACAAGAGAGUUUGGAACCUUUGGAAGGGUCUUCAGUGGAAAUUGUGGAAAAAGUGCUUUCCAGUGGACAGAGUGUUAAAGAAGUAUUCUGGCAUUCUUCUAAGGACUUCAAGGACCUGAAGCAUGAGUUUACUAAUCGAGUUGAAUAUGUGAAGCAAGACAGAAACUGCACUCUGAAAAUGAACCAGCUGAGAAAGAAAGACUCUGGAGAAUAUCGGCUUAGAGUAGUUUAUACAUCUAACCGAAUCUCGGGUAGACCUGGAGUGGUUCUUAAUGUUACAGAUCUGCAGGUAAGACUGAGUCACUAUGCAGGGUCAUCAGAAGAACGGACGACAGUAACGCUGAGCUGCAUCACGUCCUGCACUCUGUCCAACAGCCCCACUUACCUGUGGUACAAGAACGGACAGCCUGUUACUGAUAAACUCACCAAACACAACAAACUCUACCUCUUCUUCAGCGAAGAUGCAGGGAACUACUCCUGUGCUGUGAAAGGACGUGAGGAUCUUCGCUCUCCUGAACAAACUGUUAGACAGAACCAAGCUGUAGUGUGGAAGCUGUAUGCUGUAUGGGGAGCUGCUGCUGCACUUGUUCCUGCUUCUCUCUCUUCUUAUCGCCGUCCUGUGUGUUAA